GAAGGGCGCUGAUGCAUUCUGGAGCCUCCCUCACAGGUGCGGUCUCUUGGAGACGCCUAGGGCCCAGUACCCUGCCCUUCAAGGCCAGUAGUACUGACCCUGUCUAGGAGGGUGGCCAGCUCUGUUGCAUCAGAGAUCUGGCCCAGGCCUGAUCCUCUGGCAGCUGACUGCCUCUCACCAUUCCCACCACAUCUGGCCUUUCUUUUCUCACUUGGCCAAUACCUUCCUCCAAGAAGUGCUCAGCUGGGCCCACUGUUCACAGAGACACCUGCCCCAGGGCACUAACGGUGACCAUAGCUCCACAGGGGCCAACUCUUCCAGGUAAUCAUGUGAUGAUUAUGAGUAAGUGAAUGGAUGGAUAUCUAGUGGACGGACAGACAGGCUGGUCCUGGUUCCCAAAGCAGCCUCUGUGUGGCCGGCAUCGGGCUGACCCUAAAGGCCAUAUCUUGGGUAGGCCUGACGACACCUGCAAGAAGGUUCAUUUGGUUUCCCUGGUUUUCAGAUGAGGACACAGGGGCUUGGGUCAGUGAAGCAGUUCACCUAGGAUCACAAAUGGGGCAGGUGGCAACCAGGAUUCUGCACCAGAGACCAGCAGGCCUCACAGCCUUGGUCCUGCUCUGCCCUGUUGUGUGACUCUUGGCAAGUCACGUCUCUUCUGACUGGGCUGUGGUGUUGCAGCUGAGGGUCAGACCCCCGCAUCCCCCUCACUGUUACUCUCUGCCCCGAGGGCUGUGCUUCUCCUAGUGAUUCUCUGGCUUAGUAAACCAGGGUAAGGCACCUGCCUAAGGGAGGGCAGCUUCCAGGCAGAGUCCAGAGCUUGGGUUGCAGGAGCACUGCCUACAGUACUGGGGAGGAGUCUCCUUUGGGAUGUGAGUUUAUUUAUUCAUUCACAUGUGCGUCGAGCACCUACUUGUGCUGGGCGCUGCUCUACGUGUAGGGGAUAUGGCAGUGAGGGCACAGUCCCUGUACAGCUCAGUAGGGGAGACGGACAGUUAACAGACAUACGUGUGAACACUAGCAUGCAGAUGGGCAGGCACAGGCCCGAGGGCCAGCUCCCGGUUCACACAGCUUCUCUGACGAGUGGGUGAUAUGAAUAUAGGAGAGAGGGAGACUUGCAGGUGUCUAGCAUCCAAGCAAGGCAGGACAGUGAGUUGCAUAGCCCUGGGGAGGGGGCAGGGCAACAAGAAGUCCCCAUAUCUGGAGAGCUCCAAAAAGGGCAGAGCCAGGGUCAGGGCUCCUGGACCCCCAUGUGGUAAGGAGCUGUGCCCCUUGGGGACUGCAUCUCCACCCCUUCACAGCACACACUGGUGAAGCCUAUGAGAGACAGACAAGGCCCCCUGGGGACUGCAGUUGUCCCUGAGCCUAUAGGUGUUGUGAGACCCGGUAGGUUGAGCCUGGAGACCAUCCCCAUAGCCUUUAGGCCAUCUGUUCCCCAGUCCAGAGUCAGUUGCCGCAGCCCACACCCCUACUACUCUUCCCAGCAGCCUGGUCUGGUGCAGGAGGGGCCUCUUGCUCCUGGCCACUCCUGCCUCCUGACAGUAUAUCUCAGUUGUAGGGGCUGGGGUGCUUCAUGGAAGGAGUGCCAGGACAGGGCCAGGGUGGGGUCCGCAAAGCCCCCUGAACUCCCUUCCUGGUCCAGGUACAAGGACAGAAAGGCAGUGUCGGGGCGCCAUAGUCCACACGUUCUGGUGCUCAAGGAGGUGACGGAAGCCAGUGCGGGCAUCUACACCCUCGCCCUGUGGAACUCCGCGGCCGGCCUGAGGCGCAACAUCAGCCUGGAGCUGGUGGUAAAUGUGCCUCCCCACAUCCACGAGAAGGAAGCCUCCUCCCCCAGCAUCUACUCCCGCCAUAGUCGCCAGGCCCUCACCUGUACUGCCUAUGGAGUGCCCCCUCCUCUCAGCAUCCAGUGGCACUGGCGGCCGUGGACGCCCUGCAAGACCUUCACCCAGCGCAGCCUCCAGCGGCGGCAGCAGCGAGACCAAAUGCCACAGUGCCAGGACUGGAGGGAGGUGACCAUGCAGGAUGCUGUGAACCCCAUUGAGAGCUUGGACACCUGGACUGAGUUUGUGGAGGGCAAAAAUAAGACGGUGAGCAAGCUGGUGAUCCAGGACGCCAAUGUGUCUGCCAUGUACAAGUGCGUGGUCUUCAACAAAGUGGGCCAGGAUGAGCGGCUCAUCUACUUCUACGUGACCACCAUCCCCGAUGGCUUCAGCAUAGAAUCGGAGCCAUCAGAAGAUCCUCUAGAGGGACAGGCCGUGCGCCUGAGCUGCCGGGCUGACAAUUACACUUAUCAGCAUUUGCGCUGGUACCGCCUCAACCUGUCCACGUUGCAUGACGCUCACGGCAACCCACUGCUGCUCGACUGCAAGAACGUGCACCUAUUCGCCACGCCGCUGGCCGCCAGUCUGGAGGAGGCGGCGCCCGGGGUGCGCCACGCCACGCUCAGCCUGACCAUCCCCAGCGUGGCACCAGAACAUGAAGGCGACUACGUGUGCGAGGUGCAGGACCGGCGCAGCCACGACAAGCACUGCCACAAGAAGUACCUGUCAGUGCAGGCCCUGGAAGUCCCGCGGCUCACGCAGAACUUGACUGACCUCCUGGUGAAUGUGAGCGAUUCCUUGGAGAUGAGGUGCCCGGUGGCCGGGGCGCACAUGCCCAGCAUCGUGUGGUACAAAGAUGAGAGGCUGCUGGAGGAAGAGUCCGGAAUCGACCUGGCGGACUCGAACCAGAGGCUGAGCAUCCAGCGCGUACGCGAGGAGGAUGCUGGGCGCUAUCUGUGCAGUGUGUGCAACGCCAAGGGCUGCGUCAACUCCUCUGCCAGCGUGGCCGUGGAAGGCUCCGAGGAUAAAGGCAACAUGGAGAUCGUGAUCCUUAUUGGCACCGGGGUCAUCGCCGUCUUCUUCUGGGUCCUCCUCCUCCUCAUCUUCUGUAACAUGAGGAGGCCAACCCAUGCAGACAUCAAGACCGGCUACUUGUCCAUCAUCAUGGACCCUGGGGAAGUGCCUUUGGAGGAGCAGUGUGAAUACCUGUCCUAUGAUGCCAGUCAGUGGGAGUUCCCCAGGGAACGGCUGCACCUCGGGAGAGUCCUCGGCCAUGGGGCCUUUGGGAAGGUGGUGGAAGCCUCGGCCUUUGGCAUCAACAAGGGCAGCAGCUGUGACACUGUGGCCGUGAAAAUGCUGAAAGAGGGCGCCACAGCCAGCGAGCACCGUGCCCUGAUGUCAGAGCUCAAAAUCCUAAUCCACAUCGGUAACCACCUCAAUGUGGUCAACCUCCUGGGGGCGUGCACCAAGCCCAACGGCCCCCUCAUGGUGAUCGUGGAGUUUUGCAAGUACGGCAACCUCUCCAACUUCUUGCGUGCCAAGCGGGAGGCCUUCAACCCCUACGCGGAGAAGUCCCUUGAGCAGCGAAGGCGCUUCUGCUCCAUGGUGGAGGGUGCCAAGGCUGACCGGAGGAGGCCAGGGAGCAGCGACAGGGCCCUCCUCACAAGGCUCCUGAUGGGCAAGGGUGGGGCAGGACGAGCCCCUCUGGUCCAAGAAGCUGAGGACCUGUGGCUGAGCCCACUGACCAUGGAAGACCUUGUCUGCUACAGCUUCCAGGUGGCCCGAGGGAUGGAGUUCCUGGCAUCUCGCAAGUGCAUCCACAGAGACCUGGCUGCUCGGAACAUCUUGCUGUCAGAAAGUGAUGUGGUGAAGAUCUGUGACUUCGGCCUGGCCCGGGACAUCUACAAAGACCCUGACUACGUGCGCAAGGGCAGUGCCCGACUGCCCCUGAAGUGGAUGGCCCCCGAGAGCAUCUUCGACAAGGUGUACACCACACAGAGCGAUGUGUGGUCCUUUGGGGUGCUGCUCUGGGAGAUCUUCUCCCUGGGGGCCUCCCCAUACCCUGGGGUGCAGAUCAAUGAGGAGUUCUGCCAACGGCUGAAAGAAGGCACCCGGAUGAGGGCCCCAGAGCUGGCCACUCCUGCCAUACGCCGCAUCAUGCUGAGCUGCUGGGCCGGAGACCCCAAAGAGAGGCCUGCAUUCUCAGAUCUGGUGGAGAUCCUGGGGGACCUGCUUCAGGGCAGGGGUCAUCAGGAAGAGGAGGACUGCGUGGUUUCCUGUGGCUCUCAGAGCUCAGAGGAGGGAAGCUUCUUGCAGGCGUCCACCACGGCCCUGCAUGUCAUGGAGACUGAUGCUGACAUGGAGGACAGCCCACCAAGCCUGCACCGGCACAGCCUGGCUGCCAGAUAUUAUAAUUGUGUGUCCUUUCCGGGAUGCCUUGCCAGGGGGACUCAGACCCAGGGUCCUUUCAGGAUGAAAACGUUCGAAGAAUUUCCCAUGACCCUGACAACCUACAAGGCCUCAGUGGAUAGCCAGACGGACAGUGGGAUGGUGCUGGCCUCCGAGGAAUUUGAGCGGCUGGAGAGCAGGCACAGACAAGAAAGUGGGCUCAGCAGCUAUAAAGGACCAGGCAGGAAUAUGGAUGUGACCAUGGCACACCCUGACCCCCCAGGGAGGCGGCAGAGGCCAGACCCAGGGACCCAGGGCCAGGUGUUCUACAACAGCGAGUACGGGGAGCUGGCAGGGCCACCAGAGGAGAGCGAUGGCAUCCCAUCUGCCCAAGUGCCCUUCUUCACAGACAGCAGCUACUAAAGCAGCUUCGGGCAAGGUCCACUGGACCCUGGGCUCCAACAGUUGAUGGGGACCAUGCCUGGCCAGCGAGCAGAAGGCUGGAGGCCCAGGCCAGGAACUCAUCUCAUUCAGUCUGGGGAAGAGCAAAACCCAGGCUUCAGGGCUCUCUUGAACUCCAUCACCAUGCCUGCCCAGGAGCACCCUGCUGAUCCCUGGGGCCCUUCUCCCCUUCAGAUUCAGAUUCCACUUAGCUCAACAUCCACAGGGGCCAGCCCUGGGUCAGGCACUCUCAUGGGAAAUAUCUCUUUGGGUGCUUCCUCUUAGCAUGGUGGGUGGUGUGAUCCCUGAUUUCUGAUGAGGAAUAUGAGGGUCUGAGAAUCACAUAGUAAUCAAGGUUCAGCUGUGGUCUCCCAGCACCCACCCAAAAUGCUGCCCCCUCCAUGCAGCCUCUCUUCCCGUGGGAAUGGCUUUCUUCACUUGCCACUCCAAGGCUCAGGAGAAGAUGCAUAUGGCUCAAAGAUGCAUUCCACCUCAAAGCAACAAAUGAGAAAUUUGUGGGGGGAAUGGGGGUGUCCUCUCCUGAGCCUGGCCAAACAGCUCAGAGUAGCCAUCUCUGCAGUGCCGAGCCAGUUACAGCAAGCCUUCUUCUCCUGCGUGUUGAGAAGUACUAUUCAACAUUGUUUUCUUCCUUAGAACUUCAGAGACUAUUUGAGCUGCUGUGAAGAAUUUACUUUUUAAAACUUCAGUCUGAAGGGAUCCCAGGGAAGGUUUUUCUGAAUCUGGAUGAUCCUUGCCUCUGACACCCAGUCAAGUGCUGUCAUAACAGACCCCACUGUGGCCACCUCUUUCUGGAGAAAGUCCCCAGCCUCACCUGCCUACCCCAGAACUGGAAGAAUCACCCGAUGGUCUAGAGCUGCCCCAUUUGAGAAUCACCUGGUUCUCUUCCCUCUGGGACCUAGAUCUGCCACCCAAGGCACCGUCCAAGCUGUGAACAUCCUUAUGAGAGGCAAACACUGUGGGUUCCACCAAGGAAGGCUUUGGGGCUGGCCCAGAGGACCCACCGGCAUAGCUCUGUACCAGGAGGCAAUCAGUGGAUGUCCCUGUGGCCCCAGGAAGGCCCUGUCUUCUGCCCCCUGAUCUGUACCUGACAUCAGUGCCCUGGGGAGUGAGUCAGGCAGGUCGAGCCUCUACUCUCACAGAACAGCAGAGGACCAUCUGGAGGCUGGAGCCAUUCUGCCCAGGGCCCACCCCCCCAGCCCAGUUCACACUCCCUAGCUACCCACACCCCUAGCAGGAGAAAGACCCUCAUCCCAGUUAGCACCACAAUGUUUGACACCCCACCCCCACCCCAUGAGACGCUUGCAGGACAGGCGGCCGUGCAGCGAGCAGGGGCUUGCCCGGCAGGAACCCCCCCACGUUGUGUAUUGUUCCUUUAAGAUAUGGUGAAUGCAGGUAUGACUGUCCCCAGUGGACCUCCUCUGAUGUCAUCUGCCUGUGAGAUUUGGGUCUCAGGUUUACCUGGUGGAAGUCCAGAGGCUGUUUUCAAUCAGAGGAGCAACUCAUGAUUUGCGUGCAGGGGCCCAGGCCUGAGACCCCUCUCACAUGUGUACCACCUGUUUGUGUCACUUAUUCUCCUGUCACAUAACUGCACACACAAAAAUGUACUGGGAAGAAAAUCUAGCCCCACCCCCCUUGUAGAACAUAUGCUCUGAAAAUAUAAAAUAUUUAACAAAAGAUAAUAAUAAAUCUGAUGCCAGUCCUGAGUUACAGUGAAUGGGUUCGCAGCUAAAUCCCAGGUCUCUGUGAUCAGCCUUCCUCCUGCUGAUCAUCAGCCCCACAAGGUCACAGGACUGGCCACGCAAAGGAAAGGGCAGCAGAGGCAGCUCAGCCCCCCUUCUCUGCCCAGUAGGCUGUGGAGUCUCCCAAAGCCACCAGCAGAGGGUGCUGGAAGCACCAGGACGCGGGGUUCCACUCUGAGCUGGGAAGCGCCCAGCUUGGCUCCCGAGAGAGCCAGGAACGCAUUCCCCUAAUGUUUACUUUAUGAAUAAAGUGACAGUGCUUUGUCCCCACCUACUAGAACCAAAUGCUGCCUCAGGCCCUAAGCACCGGUGGCCCAUGGGCCUGAGAGCACAGCCCAGGCUGGGUCCCUGCCAUCAGCUCCCCAAGUCUCACCCUCCACCCCAGAAAGAGCCUAUGACCACCUC